AGCAAUGGCGGCUCAUCUCCAGGCAGGGCUUCUCUGCGCCGGGGUCAGCUGUAAAGGUCGUUACGAGCGAGUAACAGGAGCGAAACACUUGACCAGAUGUCCUAAACUGCACAAUGGGAAGUGUUAAAGGACUAACUUCAGUAAUAGCAUCAUGGCUGGCGUCCGGCUGGAUCUGAAUCCCGGGAGACGGAGCUGCGCAGUGCCGCUGGUGCCGGAGCUCUGAGAGCGUGUGUGCGGUAGAAACACUGACGAGAGCGCGCUGCUGCUGUGUGAGCAAGCUUUCAGCUCGGCUUAGCCGCUACUCAGACAUUAGCUGCUCGAAAAUAAACUUAUCCUUAACCUCUAAUACGUUGACAUGUCGUUGACACCCAGUGUGACGAGCUGCUUAGUAAUUUUAUCUAGAAGGUUAGUUAGGCGGCUACGUUGACCGUGACGAAUGUUAUGUUUUCAUGCGUGAACAUUUCGCUGUCAUUGCAGCGUCCCAUAAACCACAGUCUGUGCUCUACCUGCUCUGUGGAGAAUCCGCUGAACCGACCAGCUGACGGACUUUCACUGACUCACUCAGUCGCCGGGAGUCAGGCACAAUGACGGAAGCCGAGGGCCGGGUGCACGAGGAUGGCAGCGCGCGCUCGUCAUUUCAUCCGCCGCUGUCACACCGAGAGCGAUUCCCGGUGCAGAAGAACAAUGUCUGUUCACGAUCAUACUUUGUAGUGGUCAUGGUUUUCUUCCACGUCUACAUCCUUAAUGUCAUUGCCCUGUUACUGUACGUGCAUUACAACACCGGCGCUGACGCGGGCGCCUCCUCCAGCAGAGAGUUCAGCAGCCGGAGCCGCGGUCCUGAGGCACCAGCAGAGCAGCCGGCUGCUCACACUCCCCUUCCGCGCAUCGAGGGAAUACGGGUUGGUCAUGUGCAAAAAGUGUCUCUGGUGCCAGGAAAAGUACAUGAGAUGAAGACCCUCAGUCUGAAGCCUCUGCUCUUUGAAAUUCCUGGUUUCCUCUCUGAGAGAGAGUGUGCAGUGGUGAUGCGUCUGGCUCAGCUGAAGGGUCUGGUGGAAAGUCAAGUCAUGGUGCCUGAGGGACAGGAAGAGCUCAGCCAGCAGCUAAACCUCAGCGCUGAAGAGAUCUUCCAUUUGCUUGACCUCAAUCAGGAUGGCCAGCUGCAGCCACAUGAGAUUUUAACACAUUCCAGAGUGAGAGAUGGUAUAUGGCUGACUCCUGAGAACCUCAGAGAGAUCUACGCUGGCCUCAAGGUGGACAAGGAUGGUAACGGUCUCUUGAGUGUAGAGGAGUUUGGGCAGCUGAGCAGUGACGCAUUCCAGCGCUUCCUACACCAACGGGGGGUGAACAGGAACCAGUUGGUGAGGAACAGCAGACACACAUGGCUCUACCAGGGUCAGGGAGCACACCAGGUCCUCAGAGAUCUCCGCAACAGGGUCACACGUUUAACAAGGCUUCCAUCUGCAUUGGUGGAGUUGAGUGAACCUCUUCAGGUGGUGCGUUAUGAGCAAGGUGGUCAUUACCAUGCUCAUCAUGACAGCGGGCCAGUUUACCCUGAGACAACCUGCACACACACUCACCUCACUGUCAACUCCUCCUCGCCGUUCCAGACUUCCUGCAGGUACAUUACUGUACUGUUUUACCUGAACACAGUAGAGGAAGGAGGGGAAACCACUUUUCCUGUAGCAGACAACAGAACCUAUGAUGAAGUGGCUCUCAUACAAGACGAUGUUGAUUUGUUGGACACGAGGAAGCACUGUGAUAAAGGAAACCUGAGAGUGAAGCCCACAAUGGGCAAAGCAGUGUUCUGGUACAACUAUCUGUCUGAUGGAAAAGGCUGGGUGGGUGAACAGGAUGAGUAUGCACUACAUGGGGGCUGUGUUGUCACUCGAGGGGUAAAAUGGAUUGCCAACAACUGGAUCAAUGUUGACCCAGACUACCAACGGCAAGCCCGGUACGAGCAGCUCAUGUCUCAGCAGCCGGAAUCUCAGGAGCAGCAGAACACAGACACACACCAGGACCUGUAACUACAUACAUGUAUUUCACAAGACUUGCAUUACACAUGCAUAUGCAGGUCCACAAACACAUACACAUGAACAUGCGUAGCAUGCACACACCAAGACAUGCAAAAGCACAUACAGAAACACUGUGCUGGAACAUGCAGAUACACAAACAAUCAUAUGUAUGGAUGCACAUACAUAUAUGUAUAUUAGAAUGACUUAUUGGGACACAGGGAUACAACUUUAAUACUUGCACGUGUGGUACAUGGUACUCUGUACAGAUACAGAGUAUUUCGUUUAUUUUACUAAUAUUUAUGAACACUUCUAAAAUUAUGUUAUUGGUAGUGUUAUUGCAGCUGCUCUGUAUGAGCACAGAGAGAGACGAGAGAGACAGGUUGAGCACAGCAGCCACUGAAAAUAGAGAGACAGGGCUUACUGUCUGGUCAUAGAAACUGAAACUAGCUCAUUUCUGACACAGUUUUUUAAAUCUUGUGUCAGUGCUCACCAAAUCUAGUUUUUUCCCCAAUGAUUAUCACCUAAUCAUUACGUUGCUAAAAAUCUAUAUUGGAUUUUUUUCAUAAUGCCCAGCUUUAUGUAGAUACACAAACCUGUAAACAUAAACAUAUACACUGUGCAUAUUCAUGCAGGCAUAAUGCAUGCUUAUUAGGGGUGUAACGAUAUGGCAUAUCGUAUCAUUCGAUAUGAGGCUCUUGAUUUGAUACGUCUGCAUAUCAAACAAUACAUUCAAUAGACUGCAUAAUAUAGGCUAAAUAAGCCUAAUCUCCUUCAAGCACGCCCUUUUUCAUGAGUCAGUAUGCUAGCUGAUUGGUGUACUAGCAUAUUAGCUUGAGAAAAACUUGAGUCACACCAGUGAAAGCUUAGCCAUGUUUAAUUACGUUACAUUCUAAUGCACAGCUUUUGUUAUAUGCUGCUAAGAUUCUGAAUGGAUCACACAAUCACUGUGUCAAGUUUCAAUUAUUGUACUUUUAUAAUAUCAAAUGUUUUAGUCAAUUGAAAAUGGGAACCUAAGGUACAUAUACAGACAAUGCUUAUUAUUGCUGUAUCAAAAAUAUCUCAUACUGAUUUUGAAUUUUGUGUAUUGUUACACCCCUAAUGCUUAUAUGCAUGUAGAAAUGAAUCAUAUGAUUCAUGAACGAAGAGGUGGAGCUGAGCUUUAUGUGCUGGAAAAUAACAGGAUCUCAGCUAUUAGUUGUUUGUUCUGUAAGUUAAUUUCUUCAGAACAAGUCAUCACCAGCGUUCACUAUACCAGUGGUGGCUCGUCCAUAGGGGCAGGUGGGGAAAAGCUUAAUCAUAUAUAUCUGCCAUUCAACAAACUUUAAUCAUGAUAGUCCUGAUUCACAAUGCCAUACAUUUUAAAUUCAGCUGAAAUACUAAUUACCUCUUUUCAGUGACCAACGAUAUUAAAAAAAUGUUGCUAUUUGAUAGAUACAGUCCCCUCCAAAAGUUUUAGAACAGUAAGGUCAAUUCUGUUGUUUUUGCUAUACACUGAAGACAUUAGGGUUUGAGAUCAAAAGAAGAAUAGACUGAUAUUUACAUCUAGAUGUGUUAAACAACUUAGAACAUGGCACCUUUUGUUUGAAUCCAACCAUUUUUCAAGUGAUCAAAAAUAUUGGAACAUGUGACUGACAGGUGUUUCUUGUUGCCCAGGUGUGUCCUGUUAGAUUGAUUGUUUAAACAGUUAAUGUCUAUGAAUAUGUAUUCUUGGUUUGAGCCCUGGGUUUUGCCUGUGAAGACUUGUUGUUAAAAAGGAUAAAUCAACAUGAAGGCCGGAGAGCUGUAUAAGGGAGAAAAGCAAGCCAUUUUGAAGCUGAGAAAAAAGGGAAAAUCGAUCAGACCCAUUGCACAAGCACUGGGCAUAGCCAAUACAACAAUUUACUCUGUCCUUCUGGAACAGGCUCACUAAUCUUUAUUGAUGAUGUAACUCAUGAUCGUGGCAGCAGGAUGAAGUCUGCAGAAACAUUCAGUCUGCGAGUUUACAGAGAAAUGCAUCCAAUCUAAUUGGGAACAACCUCAUCAUGCUGCAAAACAAUGACACAAAACACACUGCAAAGACAACAAUGGACUUCAUCAGGGGAAAAAAGUGGAAGGUUUUAGACUGGCCAAGUCAAUCACCAGACCUUAACCCAACUGAGCAUGCACCUCACAUCCUGGAGAAUGAAGAGAGAAACCCCCAAAGCAAACAGCUAAAAGAAGCUGCAGUACAAGCCUGGAGCAUCAGAAAAAAGGAAAAAUGCAACAGUUUGGUGAUGUCAGUGGCUCGCCAUGCAGUUAUGCAACCAAAUAUCAAGUGUUAUUUACUUUAAUUUAUUUUAAGACUGUCUGUUCCUUUUGCUCACCUAAAAAUUGGGUGGUCUGCCACCAAGGUGCCAUGUUCUAAGUUGUUUAACACAUCUAGAUGUAAAUAUCAGGAAAUUAAAGCUGAAAUUCUGAUCUAUCAUCUCAUAUUCAUAUUUUGAUCUCGAACCCAAAUGUUUUCAGUGUAUAGCCAAAACAAAUGCAUUGGCUUUGCCGUUCCAAUACUUUCGGAGUGGACUGUAUGUCAAUGUUACAUUGAUUUGUUCGCCUUUCUAGAUCAGUUGUGGGGCAGCAUACUCAGUUCCCCCAUUUAGCUUGGUGGAGUUAUUAUUGCAUGGAAUGGUCAAAAUUGGGAACUAGAACUCAUGCUGAAAGAGACCCAUUGGGGCAGGAAUUACUCUGCCCCAUGCCAGUAAAUGUUAAUAAAUGUUUUGUUAAUAAGUAGGGGAGGGGCAGCAGACAGGACAGUUAAUGAUAUUACCUCUUUUGUGUUCAUUUCACACACUGUGACAGUGGCUUUGGGAACCACACUUCAAACACAUCAAACACAGUUGAAUUUCUUUUAAAAAUCCAUUUGAAUUGCAAGUUAUCACAAUGAACACAGCCACGUUUUCAGUCCUUUCCCUGAUUAGAAAGGAUGUGUUUAGCAAGGAUGUGAUUAGCAACUUUUAUCUAGCUAACUAUGUAACUAGCUAGGUUGUGAAUGUGUCUUUGGAGUGCAAUUAUCUGCAACCAGAAGCAAUCAUAAAUCAUAAUCGCCAAUUGCUUAUAAAAUUAUAACGAUUUCAAUAAAGCCGUGAUCUAAAAACUUGGGCAUCGGAAAGGAUGACAAGCUACAAAUGAGCCAAUGAGGUGGCAGUUUUAUGUCAGAAAUGUUCAAUUCGACUUAACUAAGGGAAUUGUAUUUUUUGGCUCUUUAUUAGGCUAUUUGUCUGUGCUGGGGGCGCUAGAUUUUAGAUCAGACUACAUCUGUUUGUUCUCUCAUUGAAUGUUGGUGUACAUAGUUUAUUCUAGUUCAUUAAAAUCUUGUCAACUAUCAGCUGCCUAUUAUGGGGUUACUCUAAAAAUUCACUAGAUAGUAGUGUAUAGCAUAAGUCGUGUGAUAGCCUCUGUACUUAACUUUGUUUGAGGCUGCGUUGGUAUUAAUGUUGUCCUGCCCCACCAAAGUCUAUGGUCACGAGCCGCUCCUGCACUAUACUUCACUAUAACCAGAAUAGCAUGUUUUUAUAGCUGAUUGUUCAAGUUAUUUUGUGAUUUCAUAUAUUUGGUAAGAAAUGUAAAACCUAGGCAGGUUUUACAAUUUUUUCAUAAUUUCUACACAAAUACACAGUCAGCUGUCAAGUCCCCUUUCUACUUUGAAAAAGCCCACAAAGCUGAACCAAAAAAUAUAGUUCUAGUGUAGUACCCUUACAUAAAUUAUUAUAUAGCAGCACACAUCAAAUACAGAACAUGUACACACUAACAAACAGACACACAUCUUGUAGGCAUACACAUAGACACACAGGUCCUUAAGUACUAUACAUAACUAAUAAUGUACUUGCAUGAUGUUGAAUUCACAUCCUGUGUCCCACAUUCAGGACUGAGUCAAGCUUUACCUAACCGUUCCUAUUAUAUCUGGACUGACACCCUAGAUGUUAGAUUGACUUCAGGGACAAGAGCCUUGAUAUUUAUGCAAUGAAAGACAAAACAGUGUUUUCUUGCUGUCACAUUCUAUAGAACAGUGGUUCUCAAAGUGAGGUCCGUGAAGCAUAGCCAAGGGGUUGGUGAUGUAUAUUUUUUUAUUUCGUUGCAGUUAACUUUAUGAAAGUUAGUAUAUUUGUUAUUGAAUGGAUUUAUUCCAAAACUCAAUAACUCAAAAGAGGAAGAACUGUAUGUUGGACCUAAUGUUAUUUUGGUGGAAACUAAGGCUUUAAUAAACAGACAAAAUAUUAUUGUACACAUUUAAUUAAUGUUCAUGAAAUAAAUCUGUAUUGAGGGGGUCCGGUGAAUUUAUUUUACAGAUAAAGGGAUCCCUGGCUACAAAAACCUUGAGAACCAUUGCUGUAGAACAAUGAAGGCACCAUUAUUUAUUUAUUUAUUAAUUUAUUUAAGGGAAUGCAGCCAUAUUUUAUAAUCUUUGUUUACAUAUUUAUGCACUGCAAUACCUCCUAAGGAGUGUGAAAGAAUGUUCACUUGAGUUUUCAUUGGAUAAAAGAGAUUCAGUACAUAUAUGUUAUUACAUUCAUGGAAAAAACAGAUUAGCCUCAGUUGGUUAUAGUUUAAUGUUGUGCUCAUGAGU